UCUAUUUCCAUUACUGCUUAGAGUCUCCUGCUGUUUAUUACUAUCAAUAGAGCUUUCAACAAUACAAUUAAGCCUAUGAUCCAAUCAACUUGCAUCAAAAGCAGAGUCACACAGCGAGCACUCAUCAAUUGCACUUUUUUUUCUCCUCUACUCUUUAGCAUUCUCAUUUCUUUUUAUAUACAAGAACAACAGCAAAUAUGACUACCGCUGCUCGUCCCACCUUUGACCCCGCAAGAGGUAACGAUAACAAAGCACCUAGUUUCCAAUACAGUGCUCGUGAUCUUGCCUCCCACACAAAGCUCAAGUUCAGACAGCCUGGCCAAGGUACUAUCGAUGAAAUUGGUGAUAGACAACAGCUUCUGGAAGAAUUGAGAAGAGCAGAACAAGAAUACUAUGAAGAAAAAGAAGGCAAGGCUUCUACAACUCGUCUUAUCAAACAACAAGAAGAAAAUAACCAAGAGAAGCAAAGGCUCUUAGAAGAAGCUGAACGGUUAGCGAAACUAGACAAAGAUGCUAGUGAUCAAGAAAGUGAUAGUGAUGAUGAUAAUAGUAGUAGUAGUAGUGACGAGGAUGACGAUGACGAUGAUAACGCGGCAGAGUUAUUAGCUGAACUACAACGUAUUCGCAAAGAGCGUGCUGAAGAAAAAGAAAGACAAGAGCGUGAAGCUAAAGAAGAAGCAGAAGCUGAAAAAGAAAGAGAAGCAAUGCAAGGCAAUCCCUUGCUGAAUAUCGGUGAUGAAAAGCGUGACUUCAGUGUCAAGAGAAGAUGGGAUGAUGAUGUUAUCUUUAAAAAUCAAGCCAGAGGUGCUGAUGAAAAGCCUAAAAAGAGAUUCGUAAAUGACAUGCUUCGAUCUGAUUUCCAUAGAAGAUUCCUUCAUAAAUAUAUUCACUAAAUAAGGGACAUUUACUGUGGGUGAUUAUUUACAAAUAAAGUUACUGCGGCAUCAAAAAAAAAUAUGAUAUAAAUAGCUGACCUUGUCGAUCUCUUUAUUUCUAUAAUUAUGCC